AUGCCCAACUCAGCUGUGAUUUGGUGCCACCUGCUGGUGGUCGGCUCCAGUUUAAAUAUUGGUAGGGAUAAUUCUUGGGUCCAGAGGCAGCAGGACAAGAUCAGUGAUCCCAGAGGUGUACCAGUUCGUUGUCCAGAUUCAGAAAUUCAGCUAGGAGAAUACUGCCAACUAGAGACUCACUCUUCACCCUUCUCUCUGCAACAACAGCCCGUGACUUUCCUUCACCUUCAUGACCUUGACCUCCAUCCCCAGGCCCCCUCCCCACCACAGCAUCGGGCUUUAACCCCCAGCGCUGGCCCUCGGGGCUCCCGUGGUGGCUCAGGCUGUAAAGAACCCACCUGCAGUGCAGGAGACCCAGGUUUGACCCUGGCUCAGGAAAAUCCCCUGGAGAGGGGAAUGGCUAGCCACUCCAGUAUUCUUGCCUGGAGAACUCUGUGGACAGAGGAGCCUGGUAGACGAUAG